UGUGAUAUAUUGUGAAUUGUGAUACAAAUGCUACGUUAGAAAGUUAAAGAAUUAAAUACUAAAUACUACUUAAUAUCUAUUAUUUAAUAUUUAUAUUAUUCAGUAUUCACUAUUCAGUAAUCAGUGGGAUAGUAGCCGGUGGCCGGUAGCCGGUACUCCGGUAGAUAUUCUCACUAUGUUGUAGAACUGUUGUAUCUUUUUGUUAAUGCUAGAUGAUUUUCCAUUUUUGUUCUUUACUUAUUGAAUUAUUUAUGUAAGCUAAUAAUUCAUAAUCAUAUCUCAUAAUGGCACUAGUAAAUAGUAAACAAAUGCGAAUGUAUGCAUCUAUGUUGAAGAAGGAAAUGAAUAUUGAAGCUAGCUUAAAUCCAACUACGAAUUUAAUGGUGUGCAAUUGUGGAUUGGUAAAUGGUUUAAGAAGAAAGGAUUUAUUACAAGUUUUUUAUCAAUGUGGUCAAAUAGAACGCAUAAUAAUGAUACCUUACAAAUCAUAUUGUUUUAUUUCUUUCACUAAAAUAGAAGAAGCAACAAAUGCAUUGGAGAAAAUAAAUGGAAAAUUCAAUGGUCUUUCUAAUGAACAUAAAAUGUUUUUUUUAAUUUUUACCGUUUCAAUUCCAGAACCAAUAGAAUUGCCAACUGUAUCACCCCCUGGAUUAGAAAUUAUUGAAAAUUUCGUCACAGAAGAAGAAGAAAAUUUUAUAUUAGAAUAUUUGAAUGAACAUUGGCCUGGAUCAAGUUCAAUGAAGCAUCGUCAAGUGAAACAUUAUGGAUAUGAAUUUGAUUAUGAUUUUAAUAACGUUCGAUAUGAUACAUGUGAUCCGAUUCCUAAAGAAUUUGAAUUUAUUUUAAAUGCUAUUUAUUUGCGUUUAAAAUGGCGUCCUAAUCAAAUAACUGUUAACAAAUAUUUACCUGGACAAGGAAUUCCAAAUCACUUUGAUAAUUGUUCAGUGUUUGAUGAAUAUAUUUUGUCUCUAUCAUUGAAUUCUGAUGUUACUAUGGAAUUCAGAAACGGGUUAAAGCGUAGUGGUAUUUUUCUCAAGGCAAAAUCUCUUUUAAUUAUGUCUGGUGAAUCAAGGUAUGAAUGGACUCAUGGUAUAACACCCAGAAAAAUUGAUAUGAUUAAUACUGUAGAUGGUCUUGAUGUCGUUUAUCGUGGAACUAGAUUUUCUGUAACAUUUAGACGAGUAAUACAAACUAGUGAAAAUAUUGAGGUUAAAAAAGAUUUGUAUGAAAUAUUAGGUUGUGAUAAGUCUACACCUUUUGAGACAUUAAAGGAUAAUUAUAAAAAAUUACUUUUAAAAAUUCAUCCAGAUAAAAAUAUUUCAUCAUCAUCAUCAUCAUCAGCUGCUUGUGCUGAAUUGAAUAAAGCAUGGAGCGUUCUUAAAGAUUCUGAUUUAAAAAAACAAUAUGAUGAGCAAAUUGAACAAAAUGAUAUUAAUACAGAAGUAACAAUCUAUGAUUUUCUAAGUAUUAGUGAUUUAGAAAAUAACGAAAUGGAUGACACAUUAUUCUACAGAUGCCGCUGUGGAGGCAAAUUUUUAGUACCCAAGUCAAUGGUUGUUAAUGUUGAUCAGACAGAAUCUUUAUUAUUUCCUUGUGACGAUUGUUCUUUAUUUAUUGAAGUUACGAUACCAAACACUAAUGUUUCUAAAUAA